UGGAAAUGUAUCUGUAUAUGAGCUGUAUAAAUAUCUGGCAUCGUUUGGUUAUCAAAUCACACACCUCUCGACUUCAGUAGCGACAACACAAGCUCCACUGAGCUGGCUUUUGGCGAUUAGCUACAAGCCAUGGCAUUUUUAAAGGUAAUCUUCUUAUCCGCGCUAGCUUAUACAGCAAACGCCGGAUUAUUGCACGGCCACGGAUCAGACUCCUACGUAGAUUCUUCGUUAAGCGCUCCCUCGGCUUCAUACGGUCCACCUUCAUCAUCAUAUGGACCACCAGCACCUCCCAUCGUCGAUUUGAGUGGACCAGGCCCAUUGGAUGGCGGACAUGAAGAACACGUCGAAUCCAUCGAAGAUCAUGGUCCAGUGAGCGGGCCAGGUCCCUACAACGCUGGACCAGCUUACAACAACGGCCCAAGUUUUAAUGGAGGAGCUGUAGUAAGCAGCAGUUCCAGUUUCAGCUCAGCCGAUGCUAUCUCUUCUUCCGGUCCUCUUGAAUCUUUUGGAGCAUCUGGACCAGCCCCUGGUCUAUCUGGCCCUGAUUUCGGACCAGCUAAUGGUGCCCCUGCUCUUGAAGGUCCAGCUUUAGGAGGACCAUCUUUUGGAGGCCCAGGUAUUAGUGGCCCAGGAUUUGGCGCCCCAGGUCUUAAUGGUCCCGGUAUCGGAGCUCCAGCUGUUGGCGGUCCAGUUCUAAAUGGCCCUGCUGAUCUUUCUGGCCCUGGAUAUGUCAACGGUGGUCUAGCUCCUGGGCAACCUGGUACUGUCAUUGGCACUUCAACAGCUGUUGGCGCUCCACGAGUAAUUGGAACAACUGUGACAGUCGGACGUCCUGAUGCCAGCUCCUCAAGAUACGAACUCCAAUCAGUUGUACAGAACGUUGUCCGCCGAGUCCCCGUUGAGAUCACUCGUCAUAUCCAAGUAGCCGUUCCUCAGCCAGCUCCUUACCCAGUACGCCAGGAAGUAAGAGUCCCUGUUCCACAACCCUACCCAGUACACGUCGAUGUCGUUAAGCACGUCCCUUACCCAGUAUAUAAGACACAUCACGUUGAGGUCGAAAGGCCAGUUCCAGUCGAAGUCAUCCGCAAGGUUCCGUUCGAAGUUAUCAAGAAGGUUCAUGUCCCCGUUGAAAGACCAUACGAAGUUAUUAAGAAAGUCCACGUGCCAGUCGAGAAAACCGUGGAAGUGCCAGUCGCUGUAUGGAAACCCUACCCUCUCCACAUCAUCAAGCAUGUUACCCACUACAAGAAGAAGAGCUGCUGCUGGUGAAGAAUCUACCAAGAGUCAUGAUCGUGCCAAAUAGUCAAUAGAAUAUAAUAUGUAAAUAUUAAUAGUCACUAGGUGUACAUACUUUAAGUUUUACAAUAAAAUGCAUGUUUUUA